UCCCCCGGCAGAAAGAAAAGGAGCCACGAAAAGUAUCGAUGUCGGGGCAGACAACGCGUAUUGUGUGUUAAUAUUUCUGUGAAACAAGCGGUUAUUGAGGAGGCUGCCUCUAUAACAGAUCCAAGUUAAAGAUGCUGUCUACUGGAGAUGUCCAAGGUUGUCUUCAUAAACUGGAAAGUCUUCUGCGGGUGAUAAGGUAUCCAGGAUAUGUGGACUAUAAUGGUCUGUCAAAAGGAGAUCCAUCAGCUUUUCUUCCAAUAGUGAGCUUUACCCUGACAUCCUUCUCUCCACCUCUUGCUGAGCAACUAUUGUCAACUGGACUGGAGCUCACUGGCAAAACGGACCUCCGAUUCACGGACAAGCUUUACAAGGUACUAAGAGAUAUAUUCCACUAUAAGCCCAUACUAACCAAGCAGCAGUUCCUCCAGUGGGGUUUCUCUCAAAGGAAAAUCUCUGUCAUCUGUGACGUCAUUAACUUGGUACUAGAGAAACAUAACCAACUGAAAAAGGACCGGAGCGAGGCUGACGCAGCCACACAUACAAAUGGACGACACUGCAGGGAUCCAGGCGAGCUGAAUUUUCGGCCCAGAGGCAGAUGUCCAGGCCCACACAAGGAUCAUAGAGGAGAGGCCCAUCCAAAGCUGACUGAUGUAGGCAGUGUGUCCGGGUCAUUUGGUAUGACUCUAAUAGAAAAUCCUUCCACUUUUCCCACAAACUCCUCCAAUAAAGUAACCUCCAUCUCUAAGCAUAAUGAAGUCUACUCCAUCACUUCUCCUGAAAAUGGAAUCCCAGAGCUGGUGGAAGGGAAAGAUGACAAGGAUAUCAUGUUGCACUUGUCUGAAGUGGAUAGACGGCUCUUGGCAAUGGAAACUCAGCUAAAAAAUACUCUGUCUGGACUAGACAGGCUCGAGGUCCUGGAGAAACGCCUGGAGGAACUUGAGAGAGGGAGAAAGAGAGACAAGACGGGAGAAGAAUUCCUCACCAUAAGUAGCACCAGCUGGGAAAAUCUGAUGAGCAGAGUCCUAUUAUUGGAAACUAAACUGGAACUGAGCAAUCCACAGUUAAAUGCUGCCCAACCAUGUCCAUCCUCCAGCACCUCCAACUCCACGCCAGAUUCUUCAAAGGAGGUCCUCACAAACAGGCUAGAGAGCAUCACCAACAUGCUAAAGACCACCUCCAAUUUGUUGAAGAACACUGAACCCUUCACAACAUCUUGCUAAUAAAUGAUAAAUGAUGCACACACACACACACACACACACACACACACACACACACACACACACACACAUCUUGCUUUGUUGCUUCUUUAAAAAGCUACUUGGAGUUUUUAGACAAGAUGAGAAAGUCCUGUAUGUAGUGAAAUGAUUUUUAGAAAGAUACUGUCACCAUAAAAAUGUAUUCAGGGAUGUAGGCCUCAGCCGAUAAGAUUUAAGUAGACGAUUUGUAAA